UUCCACUAUAUAUGUAUAAUUAGCUUCCUCUUGUUCUCAACCACCCCUGCUUUCAUUAACUCCUAUCUAGUCAUUGAAUUCCAAUUUCAUCGAUCAGAAAUGGCACAGAAGGUGGUGUUGAAGAUAAUGACAAUGAAUGAUACGAAGACAAAGCAGAAGGCAAUAGAAGCUGUUGCUGAUAUUUAUGGAGUAGAUUCAAUUGCAGCUGAUUUAAAGGAGCAUAAGCUGACUGUUAUUGGAGAUAUGGACGCAGUUGCUAUAGCUAAAAGACUCAAGAAAAUAGGAAAAAUUGAAAUUAUAUCAGUUGGCCCCGCUAAAGAAGAAAAGAAAGAGGAAAAGAAAGAGGAGAAAAAAGAGGAGAAGAAAGGAUAGAAGUACAAUAUUAUGUUUUUCAGAUAUAAUUUUUGAAAACUUUAAGAUAAACUCUAAGCAUGUAUUAUUAUGUUUUGGGUUUUCGGUAAAUUGGUCAAGAUGUAAUAUAAUAGAAUACC